ACAGGAUGAUUGUGAGGCAAGCGAGGGAUGCCCACACGCAGUGUCGUGGGGGCAUUUGGAUCGAGGACUGGGAUGAAGCAGUCCUUGAUCACGGACAGUGCCACCAUCGUUACAAAGAACGAGGAGACACAACGGGCAGUCGACGAUUGGAUGACCGCCCACUGCAUCCCCUUCGACAUGAUGAAGAGUGAGGAGUGGGACAACAUGGUGAAGGCGUUGAUGAAUGCGCACGAGUCCUUCAAGUAUGUGAAAUACGAGAAGGCGAGGACUGCUCGUAUGGAGGUCACGAAGGGGAGGGUUGCAGCAAGGGUGGAGGAACUGCUGCGGCAGUGGCCUGUCACCAGUUGCUUGCUGCAACUGGACGGUUGGACUGAUCGCAGAGCAAGGCCUCACAUCAAUGUGAUGGUGUCCUUCCCGAAAGGCGCGAUCUUUUGGCGUAGUGUGUGCAUGAGCAAUCGGAGCAAGGGGGCUGUUGCAUAUUAUGAAAUACUGAAAAGGGCGAUCGAGGAGGUCGGGGAGGAUGUUGUUGUGGGGGUGGUCAUGGACAAUGCAGCAGUGUGCGCAGCGUCAGGCCGGAUGAUCGAGGCCGAGUUCCCUCACAUCUUCUCGAUUCCCUGCACGGCGCACAGCAUUGACCUCAUGCUGGAGGCAUUCACCAAGAUUGGUUGGGUCGAUGUGACGAUCAAGCGCGCAGUCGAGGUUGCCAAAUUCUUCACCAACCACAUGCGUGUGAGGGACCUGCUGCUCUCCAAAUGGAGCGGGGAAAUUGUGGCGAAACCGGGCGCAACCCAGUUCACCACAAAUUUUAUCGUGUUGAACAGUUUGCAACGCCUCUACCUGCCUAUUCGAUCUUGCUUGAUCGAUGAGGCGUGGAAGGAGAGUAUCGCCAACCCUGCACAGCGGCAUUUGUUCCAUGCAGCCAACGAGAUUGUCCUCGACAACGCGUUUUGGGCUGGUGUGCAGAAGGUGUUGGAGACCUCGAAGGGCCUGCUGAGUCUUUUGAAGUUCGUGGACGGGGAUGACCCCACGAUCAGCAAAAUAUAUGGCCGCAUGGACACCUUGGUGGAGAAUUUGAGAGAGAGCAAGACCUUCACGGAGGUGGAGAAGGAUGAGCUGGAGACCAUCAUCAUGCGACGAUGGAAUGUCAUGACAUCUCCGCUGCAUUGCGCAGCAAUGUUUUUGGAUCCCGAGUACAAAGCCAGCAAGCCGGAGCAAGAUCUUGAGGUCGCAGAUGGGUUUUGGACGUGGGUGUACGCUUGGUGCAAGCCAGUGAUGUACAAGGAGGUGGAUGAUGAGGUGAACAAUUGGAUGGAUGGCGUCGGCAAGUUCAGUGAGCUGCCCCACCUCCAAAGGCAAGCAAUCCGAUUGCUUGGCCAGGGUUCCUCCUCCUCCAGUUGUGAACGGAAUUGGAGCCUUUUCGAGCUCAUCCACUCCCGCCCGCGAAACAGGCUCGAAACGGUGAAGCUGAGCACCUUGGUGUACAACAGAUGGAAUCAACAUAUGUUGAAGAAGUUGACGAAGAAGCCCAAGACGGGAGAGGAUGAGCUUUUGUGGGAGGAGGAUUCGGACCUCGAGAAGAAGGAGGUCCAAGCGCAUGCGAACAUGCGUGUGGAGGAGUGGCGGAGAAUAGGAGAAGGGAAUGCGAUGAUGAGUCGGAGGAGAACGACAGGGGGGAGGAGGAGGAUGGCGAUGUCGCAGAUGCGGUCGAGGUGGAAUAAUGGAGAAGAAGGACAAAUGGUACGCACACGGAUCCAGGGCAGUCUCCGUGAGCUUGAGCGUGAGCUCAACGAUUCUUGGCGGAAAUCAACGAGGGCGUCCAAGUAUUUGGCUCGCCUUCAUUUGGGGGAGUUGCAGGAGGCUGUGAAGACCAUGAGUGAGGCACACACAGAAAAAUUUAUGGCUGCCCGGCCGAAGGCAUCAGCAUUGGCACCGAAACCGGCCAAACGUAAACCGGGGAGGCCACGAAAGGUUGUGGAGGAGGGGGCUCUAAUCGAGGAUGGUGGUGGUGCCAUUGAGAAUGGUGCGGAGGAGGAAUGUUGUGAGUCCCAAGAGCAGCCCGCCGGUGCUACACCCAAACCGGCGAAACGCAAGCCGGGGAGACCACGAAAGGUCGCGGAGGAGAAGACUGCUGCAAUGGAGGAGACUGCUGCAAUGGAGGAAACUGCUGCAAUGGAGGAUAGCGGCCGGACUGGUGAGAAUGGUGCGGAGGGCAAGGAGGGGGACGCCUUUGAUUCUGAAGAAGAGCCGCUUGCACGCAAGAAACGCAAACAAUCAGAGUCAACAGACUGAGGCGGGAUACUUGGGGGUUGGAGCGAGUGUGGAACUGACACUUGGGGGCUGGAGCGGGUGUGGAACUUUGCUCUAUGUGUGUGUGUGUCAUGUGUGCCGGUUCAAGAUUCCAAGUUUCAAACUUCGAGGUCGGAGAACUCGGGGUGUUAAUAAACUUAACAUUUCCAG